AUGAUGCUCAAAUAUCUCACCAAGCCUACGAGGAAAGGCAUCGCUGAUGCUCUUCUCAUAUUGGCCGUGAUAGGCAGCGUUGUGUCGGUCAUUUUGGUGUCUAUAGUCUUUAUUGCAGGAACCACAAUCAUUCGUGGCGACCCUGAUCAUCUUCUCUGGAAGCCAUUAGCUCUAGUUUCGUUCGAUGGAGUUAUCCCUAACAAUGACACCUCUCACUUCUUAAUCCGCCUGAACUGGUAUGCCAGCUCUUUUGCGUGGGAGCACCCCACAGCCCCAAAGGGUUUUCCAAAAGCUGGAAUUACUUCCUCAGGACUCAGAUACAAUUCCAACAUUAUCAAUGAUCUUCAUCAAAUUGCCUCAGAUCUGCGGCUACCUGAAGAUACCUGGAACUGCCCCAAGCCAGGUCCAUACGAGGAUCCAUGCGGCAACAUCUUCUUCGAGGCUUGGCGAAGCUUCAUGGCCAGCGAUGGACUCCCUAUCAAUAGCUGGUUUAUAUGGAUCAACAUUGUCGCUGCCCUCCUGAUGGGUAUCAUGGACAUCUUCCGUGAGUGGAUUAUCCCCAACAGACCUCACUGGCUCAAGUGCCGGUGCAUCAUCGGCAAGCGGUGGUGUCCUCUUCCCAAGGGCAACAAAGAGGAAAUCGAGCAGCACGACGACUACGUUUGGGACAAGGUCCGCCUUGCCUACUGGUGGCUUUCAGCCGCUUACUUCGGCAUCGCUGCUGCACACACAUGCCUCAAGUCUGUUUUAUUUGUUCGUUACCUUAGUUAUUUUGAGGAGAGGCUUCCCGAUGGCAUCAGCAUGCACGGAAGGAGGCGCUUGGCUUCUGAGAUCUUGCUCUGGGUGGCCUUUGGCAUCAAGACCGGCGGUGCGCUGUGCAUGGCUAUAAGGUGGAAGCUGAGCAGAAGACCAAAGGGCUGGGUGGAUGGACAGAAUCUUGGCCGCAUCGAGCGCUCAAAGCCGAAUGUUGCAGACGGUGGGAAAUAUACCGAUUAG